CACUGAAUAUACAUUUGAAGUGAAUUUUCAUCUCACUCGUGGCACAGAAACACAAAAAAUUCAGUCAAUCGAAUCAGUUUAAGUUCUAGUUCAAUGUGACAACUUUUGCCAAUUUCAAUUCAAUAUUAUUCUAGCUGUUUGUUUAAUCAUCAUCCUGAUCACAUCCUAGUAAACACCAUCAACUAAUUAUCUCGGAAUUAAUUAAAAAGCGGUAAAUUAACAAUCUUUUUCUUCCCAGAAUCAGUGUGUCCAGUUAAUUGUCCAAGUUGAUUUCCUUGUAAAGUGAUGAGAAAAUGGCUCCAGUAACUCAAACCAGCUUAGUAACAACACCAACAUCUUCAGUGAUUAAUUCUGAUGAUAAAUCAUCGAUAAAACCAAUUGUCAUGAAAAUAGAUGAAUCAAAAUGUUUAAUUGAAUUUCGUUCACUAUUAACCUCUAAAACUAAAUUACGAGAUUAUGAUCUUGAUGAUGAAAUUAUCUUGAAGUUUCUGCGUUCUCGUGAUUAUGACCUUCGGGAAUCUCAUAAGGUUUUAUCAGGUUUCAUUUCAAUUCUUGAAGAUCGACCUGACAUAUUUGCCUGGAGCGAUUCAAUCAAAAAGGUCAUCUCAUCCGAUAUGUACUAUCACUAUCCGGUCAAAACACCAAAUGGAUGUAAAUUGUUGAUCAGUCAUCCAGGUCGUUGGGACACCCGAUCGUUCAACAUUGAGACGAUCAUCACAACCACCCUGUUCUUUGACGAGGUUUCCCUUCUUGAUAAACAGGUACAAGAAAAUGGUUUCAUCGGUAUCAUCGAUAUGAGAGGAUUGGGCUGGUCACAGAUCUACAAUGUCGGCAUUACCAACGCUAAACUGGCCUCCGAUUUGACCGACAAGUAUAUUCCCUUCAAGUUGAUUAAUCUUCACGUUAUUUACGAGAAUCGACUCACCAAUUUGGCCUAUUCGCUGUUCAAACCGUUUCUUGAUGAGAAAUUAAAAAAUCGUAUCAUCUUUCAUGGUCACAAUUUAACAAGUCUUUACAAUUAUGUCCCAAAAUCUUGUUUACCCGCUUCGUUGGGUGGCACUAAUAUUGAUUAUCCUUGGGAUCAUUAUAAUCAACAAUUAGAAUCAAAAAAGGAUCAGGUAUUAGAGUUAUGGGAAUUAAUGAAAAAGAAACGUAUCAAUAACAAUUGAUUGUUAACAAUUAAUUUCUCUUCCAAGGUGACAAAUAUUAUAUCAAUUGCCAAUCUCAUAUAUAAAUUUUUUUCUUCUCUUCUUGUUUAUCUCUUAUCAAGCAAUUAAAAUUAAUUACUUUUCUUUUGUAA